UUCAUUCUUACACAAACGAAAAGAUUAUGUUAGUGGAUGUGGGUAGCAGUACAAACCAUUAGUACAUCGCCGUAUUGAGUUAUAAACAGAAGUGACUUCCGAUUUACGACUAGAACUGUUCCUCAAUAUACUCAGCAGACAAAACAUGAAUUCUAAUGCAGUUGAAAUGGAGACGCACGUGAUCGAUGGUGUACGGCAUCCUAUUUUCACCACAGUGAAACACAUAGAGGAGCUUCAAAAUUUCGAGAUCUUUGAAGACGAUGUUGUAGUGAUGACGUCACCCAAAUCAGGCACAACUUGGAUGCAAGAGAUCAUUUCCAUGCUUAGGUACGGAUGCGAUGCUCAAAAGGCAGACCAGGAAUAUAUAGAAAAUCGUUGGAUGUUCAUUGAUUUCCCAUCUCAACAACCAAAAGUAUUUUCAUCUACUAGAUUGAUAAAGACUCAUUUACCUCCACGCGCAAUACCAGCACAAAUGUUAGCAAAAAAGGCCAAGAUAAUAUUUGUCUCUAGAAAUCCCAAAGACACUGCUGUUUCCUUCUUCUAUUUCCACAAAACGGUAAAACGCCUACCAACCUAUGAUUCCUGGAAUGAAUUUCUUGAAGAUUUCUGCGCUGGGAAUCUUGUUCGUGGAGACUGGUUUGAUAUGAAUUCCUAUUGGUGGAGUCAACGCAAUCAUAAGAACGUAUUAUUUGUCAAGUACGAAGACAUGCACCGAAAUCUUAGUGAUGUUGCUAAGAAAGUUGCAUCGUUCCUCGGAUGGACUAUCACGAACAAAGAUCUACCCGAGCUCUUAAAACACUGUUCAUUUGAGUCUAUGAAGUCAAACAAGAAAGUCAACUAUACCGAAAAUCCACGGAUGGACACCAAAAAUGUGCCAUUUAUGAGAAAGGGGAAAGUUGGUGAUUGGAAAAAUCACUUUACCGUCGCACAAAGCGAAGCUUUUGAUGAACUUUAUCGAGAGAAGAUGGCUGGUACUGGUUUGGACUUUGAUUACGAGCUAUAGUUGAA